CAUAAUUAUAUAGUCGAAGGUCAUAGCCAUGUGUUUAUCCCGCAUAUUCCGUUGAACUUUAAUAUAGUUUGUUUUAGUAUUACAAAAGCAGAUAUUCAAAUAAAGACAAACUCUCGUUUUCAUGUGGCUAUUUCCAUUCGUAAAAUGUUUUGCCAAAAAUUUUGCGCGGCAAUCAAAGCCAGAAACGUUAAAGGUUAUGUCAACGAAUUAAAUUUCUUAAGCGUAUCAAAACAAUCCAAGGAUGAGCAUUUACGGCGCAGAUUGCAACUCACAGCCAGCAAUUUUUGUACGCAGAAACUUCCGAAAGACGCUAAUGUCUUCGGGACCAUCUCCGGCAGAAAGUUCGAUCGCGUUGCAAUGGAUGAGCGCGAGCUGGAAGAGGAGAAUUUUCAGGAUAGCGAAGGGUGUGUUCCACGUCGACUGAAGCCGAGCAUGGGCCGAUACGCUAAGAUAAUCAAGUUGCAUAUAUCUAAAAAGGACUUGGAUUCCGCUUUGAAGGUGCUCGAUUUGUUCAAGGAGAACCGCGACAAGCCCACGAUGUACAUAUACAAUCUCCUGGUGUACUCGUUCGCCAAGCAGGGUAACGUAAAGCAGUGCUUCAGUCUGUACAACAAGGCGAAGAAGCACGGGUUGCAGCCGAACGCGGCGACCUACACCAGUCUGUUCAAUGCAUGCUCCUUAGCUGACAACCGCGCGGUAGCUCUGGAGCAUCUCAACAGCUUGCGAAAGUCACUUUACGAGCGGCAGUUUUUGCUGAACGACACGCACUACAACGCUAUGGUGAAGGCGUACAGCUGGCACGGUCAGGUCCUUCAGGCCUUUCAAGUGGUGGACGAGAUGAGAGACAAGCGUAUUCCCAUCGGGGAGGUCACUUACAACUCCCUGUUCCACGCGGCGAUUGCUGACAAGGAGGCUGGUCUGCGCCACGCUCUGAUUGUAUGGCACUUGAUGCACCUGAAGAACAUCAAGCCGUCUUUGAUAACUUACAAUCUGCUCUUGAGAGCGAUCAGGGACACCAAUUUGGGAAAUUUGAAGCCGGACGAUGUCCUACUCUCAGGAUUUGAGAAGACCAGGAUUUCAAUGACCGAAGGCGAGAGGCCAGAUUUGCUGGCCUCACCGCCCGUUUUCAGCACGUUAGCAUUGAGAGAGGAACAGAGCCUUACGCAUUGUAAUACCGAUAGAAAUCUACAGAAAGGAUCGGUAAAUUUGAACGACGUGUUCGCCAAGAAUCGUUUGAUUUUAUUCGGUGGUUUAGAAGGAUUUCUGAAUCGCAUGUCUAACGACAACGUUAAGCCCGACGCCAAAACCAUUACGCUGCUCUUGGAUUUAAUUCCGAACUCGGUACCCGCGGAGAAUCUGCUCGUCAAGACCGCAGACGACCAAAAUAUUCAAUUGGAUAUCGAUUUCUUUAAUAUGCUCAUUAAAAGACGCAGCGUGCGAUUUGAUUACAAAGCUGCAAAGGAUGUCGUGAGCAUCGCGGAGAAGAGAAGGCUCUCUCCGAAUAUAAUGACGUUCGGGGUCUUGGCGCUCGGUUGUCAAGAAUGCGAGCAGGCCCAAGAGUACCUGCAGGGAAUAGAGGCCUUUGGCUACAAACCCAAUUCUGUAAUCAUGGGCACUCUCAUCGAUACCGCUUGCCACAAGAAAGAUUUCAAAUUCUUGCUGUUUGUGAUGGAAUACAUGAUGGAGAACAAGAUUAAAUCUACUGAUCAGAGCGUUAAAGUCCUAGAGGAGUUUUCGAAAGAAUUGUCGCAGAUGGAGAAACCGACAGGAAAAUACAGGCUUCGAAAACUGAAGCGUUUGGAGGAGAACAUGGAGAAAUUUGAACAGCAGUUUCCUAAAUGGCAAAAAGCGAUAAAACGAUAAUUCGUUGCAAAACGAAAUAUUAUUUCUGCAAAAUACAGCCUUUCCAGAAA